UUUAUAGCCGCAUCACAUGACCAUUUAUUUGUCCCCGUGACCAAGUUGAGAAAAUUCAAAAAUAAUUACGCGCAAUGUCCAAAGUGGAAAUAAAAGCAGACGUAGAAGAAAAUUCACUUGAUAACAGUGCUGACAACGAAUUACUAGUGGUAAUGGAAGAUCCAAUUUACGAAGAUUCCAAAGACAACGUACAAUUAGUAUCGCCGAGCUUUUUAGACAGCAACGAAGAAGAAAAUAGUACGCCCUACAAUUUUCGCGAUCUGUCGGGUGCGGUCACAUACAAACUAGUCCAUAUGACUGGAGAAAAGAGUAACAAUAACAUGGCAUCCCAUUCACCAGCACAUGUAAUUCCAAAUGGUGAAUUUUUUGUAAUAACUAACUCGGAUGAAGUCUUUUCAACUGCACCGGCUCAAAAGAAAGCAAUACGGAGGCAACCAUUGCAAGCCAAAGCAGUCACUACAGCUAAGAAACGGGAUGACAAGAGACGUGCAACACACAAUGAGGUAGAGCGACGACGUCGGGACAAAAUCAACAGUUGGAUAACAAAGUUGGCAGCUUUAGUUCCCAACUCAGGCCUACCUGAUGCAGCGAGCAAAGGAGGUAUACUGGCUAAAGCAUGUGACCAUAUAACAGAAUUAACGGAGAAACAAAAACGGUUGGAAAAACUAGAAGUGGAUAAUGACAAGCUUGUUAUAGAAAUAUUAAGACUGAAUCAAGAGUUGACGAAAUUAAGGGAAGAAAAUACUUCGAUGCGGCAACAAUUGGUUGACAAUUCCCAAGCACAAACUUACCACAGACCGAGGGGACAGAAGUCUUAGUUCAUAAUAUAGUGAAUGAAUUUGAACAAAUUUGAUAUUUGUGUGUGAAGGUGCUGUGACGCUUUGAGGUUUGUGAA